AGUCGCAAAGCGCAGACAACGAACCGAAGAAGAUGGCGCCCGAAGCCGUAUUGUCACACCUGCACCGCGCGGACGGGUCGGCGACCUACACACACAACGGAUACUGCAUCAUUGGCGCCGUCAAUGGGCCCAUCGAGGUGCUGCGGCGCGAUGAGAUGCCCGAGGAAGCGACCGUCGAGGUCAACGUGAGGCCGGCCGUGGGCGUUGGAAGUCCAAAGGAGAGACAUCUCGAGACCUUACUACAUAACACACUGCGCAGCGUCAUCUUGACGCGGAGUAUACCACGGACGCUCGUACAAAUCACCCUCCAAGUACGCAGUCUGCCCGACGAAGACAGCUCCACUGGUGUCAGCCCUAGCCUCACACUCCUCCCGCACCUCCUCCACACCGCGCUCCUCGCCCUCCUCAGCGCGUCCAUACCCCUGUCCACAACCCUCACCGCCGUGCUCAUCGCGCUUCCUUCUACAAACACCCCCACAGCGUCCACGCAGCUGCUUUCGCCUACUGCAAUUGAGCUGCUACGCGCAAAAUCUAUACGUUCCGCCCACGUCUUCGCCUUCUCUGGAGAAGGAAAAAUGCUACUGAAUGAGAGCGACGGCACAUUUAGCUACGAAGAGUGGGAAGAGGCUGCUGAGGCGGCUGCGGAAGUGUGCUGCAAAGAAGACGGUGGUGUUGGUCUGGCGGAGGGCAUGGAGGUGGACGGUAGGGAAGGAGAAAACCUGGAUGACUGGCUGCGGAGUGUCGUACGGACCAAGGUGGAUCAUGAGCAGCGGUGGAAGUCUGCGAAAUGAAGCGCAUGCGUAAUCAGCGAAGAAGGAUGCGCUUGACACUGGCUACAGCUGGCUACGGAGCUCUUGCUGCCUUGCACCGGUCGGGAAUGAUCGGUAGCACGAGCGAGGAGCAUGCCCUGAAGCAGCUUCGCAUAGUUGCUAUACAUGAGACACGUGAAGAUCAGCUGCAGGAAGAAAUCAUGCUAGAUUAAGGAUAUGAUGCUGAACGCUGAAACCAUACGAUGCGAUUGCAAAUCCAAAUGUCCUUAAAUCAUCAGGUCGUAAGUCGUAAAUGCCUUGCCAUAUGUAUUUCAAUGCUGCGAUGUCAGA